ACUGCAGGAGUUUCCAUGUCUGAGAGCCCGAGUAUGAACCUCGCCAGGUGCUAUGAAAGAGCGAUCUGCACAGAGCUUCAAGAGAGUGGUGGCAAGAGGACUCAAGCUCGUCUGACAGCAGCUUGUGAUUUCCCCCACUAACAAUUCGGACAAAUGGACAGCUGCACUCAGACGGAUGAGCUUGAUCUUCAAGACUGUGAGUACUGCCUCACCACUGAAGAUGAUGAUGAUGAAUAUGAGUCACAGGCUGAGGCUUUUCUCAAAGAGCCUGUGUCUAAUGGCCAAGGUCCACUCAGAUACAUGGACAGCAGACUUGCCUCAGUGGAGUCCUCAGACAACGGAACUUGUUGUAGCUCGCCAACCCCGGUCAGGCCAAAGAGCCCAUGGGGAGCAUACGACCCAUAUCUGUCCAUGGAGGAGCUAGGGAAGUCUUUUGUGGGCUUCGCCUCUUUGCCUCACCAAAUUCACAGGAAGAAUGUGAAAAAGGGCUUCGAGUUCACUCUGAUGGUUGCAGGUCACUCAGGGGAAUCUGGCCUGGGAAAGUCCACCCUGAUCAACAGCCUGUUUCUCACAGAUCUUUACAAUGACCGGACAAUACCCAGCACCUCAGAGAUGUUAAAAAGAACAGUUGCUAUAAACAAGAAGACAUUAGACAUUCAGGAGAAGGGAGUCAGGCUGAAGCUGACCAUUGUGGACACACCAGGAUUUGGGGAUGCUUUGGACAACACAAAGAGCUAUGAACCUAUACUGGACUACCUCGAUGAGCAGUUUGAAAAGUACCGUAUUGAUGAGAUGGGCAUGCAACGCAUCCACAUCAAAGACAACCGCGUCCACUGCUGUCUCUACUUCAUCUCCCCCUAUAGCCAUGGUCUGAGGCCCAUAGAUGUGGCAUUCAUGAAGGGCCUGCAGGGGAAGGUGAACAUUGUUCCUGUUAUAGCCAAAGCUGACUGCCUCACCCAGGCAGAACUGCUACAUAAGAAAGAAACGAUAUGGAGCGAGAUCAAGCUUCAUAAGAUCAAGAUCUUCCAGUUUGCAGAUUGUGACUCUGAUGAUGACUUAGAAUGGACCAGGCAGGAUUAUGAGAUGAAGAAUAGCAUCCCUUUUGCUGUUGUUGGGAGCAAUCUGGCACUGAGAACACACGGGAGAAUUGUGCGAGUCCGGGCUUACCCAUGGGGAAUGGUGGAAGUUGAGAACCCCGCCCACAGUGACCUGGUCCACUUGAGAACUAUGCUAGUGCGCACUCAUAUGCAGGACCUGAAGGAGAAGACCCACGAAAACCUGUAUGAACAGUACCGCAUCAGUCACAUGCCGAUGCGCAAACCCAGCCUGCCAUUCUAGUAAGCAGGCAGAGAGCCACACAUCUCCACAGAAUACCUUAAUCCAGGUGUUUAUGAGCCGUUUGUGGCCUCACAUUUUUGUUUCAUUUAGGAAUAGAACGGUCCGGACAGAAAUACACCAGUGCAAUAAAUUCCAGUGUGCAAAUAAGCA